CAGCAGAACCAAUUUCAUCCAAGCCAGUGAAGUUACCCCUGAUUGACACUGAUGGAACGAAGAUCAGAAUCUGGCCCAUAUAACAACAAGAAAAGUGAACCCUGGUCUUGGAAAAAAGCAAAAGUACCAAGAGUCUAGAGAGAUAGGAAUCAGAAAGAGAUCAGGCCUUAUCUGCCGUGCUUUCAGCAAACAAUUACAUUAUGCCCCUGGUUUGUGUAAUACUGGACAUAACUCAGUAAUAAUGCUAUAAUGCACCCUCACUCUACUGCUCAAGUUUUAAGACAUAUUGUGAAACAAGAGUCUACCUACAAAUGCUGCUGAACAAUGACCCCUGUCUUUAUAACACUGCAAACUUCACUGAUUUACAGCAGCUGUAUAGAGAGGGUGCUCUCAUGCUCUGUGCUUUUGUGUGAACAUUCAAAGUUACAUUCAACUCUUAGAUUAGCACAUUUCUACUCAAAUACAGCAUUCCCCGUGCCGCAAUAUUCAGAGUAUGGAUGAAAAGUCAGUCAAUCAUUGUCAAAAGACGGUGUAUGUGACAGAUGCACGGGGGAGAUGUAGCUGGAAACACCAGAUCUAUUAUUUUCAGAAUGGACAGGCUUAUGAGUAUGGCGAGUUCAAGAACAGAAUAAACGGGACAACAAACCAAGGAAAUGCAUCAAUAACAAUUUUCAACAUGCAGCCCUCAGACACUGGGUUUUAUACCUGCGAAGUUUUCAACCCACAAGAUUCAAAUGGACAGAACCAGAAAUCAGUGGCUGUCAGUGUACUGGUCAAACCUUCACAGCCUCACUGUAGCUUACGGGGAACCCCUGAGACAGGCCACCUUGUCUCUCUCUCCUGCUAUUCUGAAGAAGGGAUGCCUGCGCCUACAUACCAGUGGUAUAAAGUAUCAGGGGAAACCCUCAAACCCAUGACAGAACAACUCAAUACAAAAACUGGGCUUUUGAUUAUUGGUAAUCUCACCACCUUUGAAACUGGAUACUACCGGUGCACAGCUACUAACAGCCUUGGAUACAGCAGCUGUGAAGUUGACUUGACUGGAGCACAUUCAGAAGGCGGUCUCAUUGCUGGAGCAUUAAUUGGAGCAAUUCUGGGAGCAGUUGUUAUCUGCAUUAUUGUCUGGUUUUUAAUCAAGAGGGAGAAGAAAAAGGAGAGAAAAGAGAAAGCAGCAAAUAGUGAAAUGCGACCAAUGACUCAGAAACAACAGACAAAUGCGGAAUAUGCUAAUAUACCCACCCAAGAAAAUGAGUCUGUUGCCACAGCUACACCAAGCACAGAAGCUAAUGCAGCAAAUGAAUACUCUACGGCUGCGGAAACUGCUGCCUCUGGAAUGCCUGAAAACGAUGAGAUGCAAGGAGUGGAGACACAAGCGAGAGCCUAAAAAUUCUAUUGCAAUUUCCUUAUCCGCUAUGAACCCCAUCUUCAAAAAUGUUGGUAUUGAAUUAACGCAGGAAGUAGUGUGGUUACAACCCACACACCUGCGUUUGUGGUAUUAAUCACAAGGUGGGAGUUUGAAGGUCAUGCCUUCAACUAUCCAAGAAGUACGCAUAUGAUGGCCUCAUUUUUCAAUUUUGUUAUUGCACUUAUUAACUAUCUAGCUAUGACUGUGUACCAAAUAUGAAUGACAGCAUAGCUAAUAACUCCAUUUAUCCAACCCAUUUGAGAAUAUUAAUUAUUAAAUGGGCUUGGAAAGACAGACAACAUUGGAGCUUUCUUAUUGGCUGCUGGUGAAGUUAUGUGAUGGCUUGUAAACACAGGAGUCCCUUUUCUGAAAGAAAAUGGUCACUGCCAGCCAACCUGAAGUGUUGCAUGUGCUGAGAAUGACACAGGACAACUGUCUUAGCAAAUACAUUACAGUAUCUAAGGACCUGAUCCCACAUCUUGGAAAUCAAUGGGAGUUUGGCCACUGACUUCAACAGGUGCAGGAGCAGACUCUUAGAGCAUGUGUUCAUAUCUGCCUCUAGUAGCCAUCCCCAGCAACAGUGACAGCCUGCCUCUCACUGGCAGCUAACGCAGUUACAUCUUUAACUAAAGAAGUACUUUGGUAGGAAUGUUGCUGAAGUUCCUGGGUUCAGUCAUCACUGAUGAUCAAAGUCCAUAUCAAUGGCUCAUUAACCAAAACAAGAGGGUAUCAACAUUUGAGGCAAACUCAGAAAUUCAGACUGAUGAGGUGCUAAUUAUGAUCUGUACUAUAAAAGAGGGUUCAGUUUUGGCCAACUAACAUUAUUGGUUACUAACAUAUCCCAGGGAUAGCUCAGUGGUUUGAG